ACAUCAGCAGAAACUCACACGAGUUGAACAAACUUAAGAUUUGGAACUUUCUACUUCUCUGAAAGCGGUCCAGCUGUCGCAUUAAACAGCCGCCCAUAGGUUCUUUUAAACCCAGCGUGUCUCCUCAUCACCCUCAAAAUCCCGUGUUCUUUUCGUCAUAAAAACUUUUUAAUUUCAAUGCUUCAGUCAUCAUAGUGUAUUCUAUUCUACUACAGUAGCUUUCAUAAUCCUGCCUCCACUAUAUAUAGAAAUCCCACUUUUCAGAUUCACCCGGUCAAAGCAAAAACCUCUAACUGAAACAAUAUCCAACACCACUACAGUACUUUUCACUCUAUCAAUCAGUGAUUAAAAAAAAAUGGACAUCUUUCGAAGCUAUUAUUCGGACCCACUUAUAGAAUCAUCAUCAUUUUCUGAUCGUAGCAACUCCCAUAGCGGAGCUAAUCUAUCUGAUGAGGAAGUUAUGUUAGCUUCAAAUAAUCCGAAAAAGCCAGCAGGGAGGAAGAAGUUCCGGGAAACUCGACAUCCAGUAUAUAGGGGAGUCAGGAAGCGAAAUUCUGGCAAGUGGGUUUGUGAAGUCAGAGAACCGAAUAAGAAAUCAAGAAUUUGGCUCGGCACUUUCCUAACCGCAGAAAUGGCGGCCAGAGCUCAUGACGUGGCAGCUAUAGCAUUAAGGGGUAGAUCUACUUGCUUGAACUUUGCUGACUCUGCUUGGAAGUUGCCUAUCCCAGCUUCCUUAGACGCCAAGGAUAUUCGGAAGGCGGCGGUAGAGGCCGCCGAAGCUUUCCGGCCAUCAGUGCCGCAAGGAGUUUCAGGAGAAUCUGGCAGUAUUCCUAAAACGCCAGAGAGUAUGUUCUUUAUGGAUGAGGAAGCGCUCUUCUGCAUGCCGGAAUUACUUACGAAUAUGGCGGAAGGAUUAAUGCUACCUCCACCUCAAUGUGCAGAAAUCGGAGAUCAUGUGGAAGUUGAUGCUGAGAUGCCAUUAUGGAGCUAUUCUAUCUAAAUGAUUCUGUUCCUUCUUAAUGCAUGUUGGACAGUACUUUAUGACCUUCCUUAUAAGUGUAAUCAAAGAUGCAAUCAGAAUAUUAAUGCUCCGAGUGAAGUUCCUUAAUGCUCCGAGUGAAGUUCCUUAAUAAGGUACAAGUAUUGGAUAUGGUGCGAAUUAGGACAUUUUGUGCUCAAUAUUUGAUAUGGUACAAAUAUUUGAAUAUUUCGUGCUCAAUAUUUGGACAUGGUACGAAUGUACAAGUAUUGUAAUGAUGUAGAGAUUAGUAUUCUAAAUUUGUAGUAGCAUUAACAGCCCGUUUGUAUUGGCUUAUAAGUUAGUUUAACUUAUUUGGUUGUUUGAUAAAAUAGAAAACACAUUAAAUUAAGGAAAAUAUUUUUCAAUUUUCUCA